AUGUUACAACAACGUAGUAGACAGCUACUUACGAGUUGGACAAGGAGAUACACGACGUUGGGGUCUGGGACUCACAACUGUCCGUACGACUACGAGGCGACGUUGAGGGAGGCGUUAGGCGAUGUCCCCACUGUAAAGCUUGCCUUUGAUAAAUACAGCAAUGGCGGUAAUGUCAGAAGGUUGCCUCCCUUGGUGCUCUUGCAUGGUCUCUUUGGGAAUAGGGGGAACAUGCGGAGUGUGGCCAAACGGCUUGCUUCCGGACAGGGACUUAUUUCUAAUGGUUUUGAUGUCUAUACACUCGAUCUAAGGAACCAUGGAGGAUCACCACAUAUUGACCGACAUGAUUAUCCUAGUAUGGCUGCGGAUGUUGAAGAGUUUAUCCGCAAUGAAGGUAUUGAUACUCCUCUAAUAUUAGGACAUUCAAUGGGUGCCAAGGUUGCCAUGGCUAUAGCGUUGAGGGGGAAAGUUGAUAUCUGUGGUAUUAUCCCCGUUGAGAAUGCUCCCAUUGCCAAAGGUGGUGUUGGUAGUAAUGGGGGGAAAUUUGGUAAAUAUAUUCAGGUUAUGCAAGAGAUUGAGGAACGAGGUUCUGAGAUUACCUCUCUAAGAGAGUGUCAUGAGAUAUUAGGAAAGUUGGAGACAAACAAGACUAUAAGGGAUUUUUUAUUGACUAAUAUGAGACCAAUUGGGGUAAAGGGGGAAAAUGGAUAUAAAUGUCGAUUAAAUUUAAAAGUUUUAGGGGAAGAUCUCGAUAAGAUUGCUGCUUUCCCCUUUGAUCCAAGAAUAUCACGGUACAAUGGACCAACUUUUUUCAUAAGAGGUACACAAUCACCCUUUAUAAGUGAUGAAAAAAUCGAGGCAUGUGGGUUAUUUUUCCCCAAGUUUGAGCUUGCCAAUAUAGAUGCUGGACAUUGGGUAAUAAGUGAAAAGCCAAUUGAGUUUCUCCAAAUUGUUGAUGAAUGGAUUGACAAGGAAUUUAAUUGA